AUGACACCUCUGAAAACUUUUUCAUGGCGGCAUUUCCCGUCGAUCUGUAAAGUGCUUUCAGAAUCAUCAGCAACAGUACUGAUGUUGUGAUAUCAUUUGAGGGGAAAAUUUUUAGGAAAAUGUCUAGAGCACAAGCUGAGAGUGUCAUAAAAAAUAUAAUACGUGAAAUCGCGCAAGAAUGCGCCAACAAAGGCCAGGCGGUUUCGGAAACUCUCGUAGCAUUUAUGGUUAAAGCAGUAGUCUUGGACCCUGACAAUGAAUUUAACGUGGACAGAACUUUGACCAAAGAUGAUGUACAAAAACUCAUUAUGCUUUGUGUGGAUAGACUGUUGGACUCACAAUCUCCUUCUUUGGAUACAGUCAAGAUGCAGGUUUAUUUUGACAUGAAUUAUACCAGUCGAGCUGACUUCCUGGAAGAGCAUAGGAGGGUUCUUGAUCAGCGACUCCAACCAGUUAUUAGGGAGAUAACUGACAGCCGUGCAAGGACUAGAGAUGAAUUAGAGGGUUUGUACAGGAGAGUGGUCUCAUGUGUUUUGCUGCGGUCUGGUCUGGGUUCUCCAACUGACAUUGCUGUUGUGAGAGAAGCCACAGCUGCUUUGCAAAGUGUAUUCCCACAAACAGAACUGGGAACUUUUAUGUCUCUUACAAAGCGUGACAAGGAACGACAGCUGAAUGAGCUUGUACUAAUUGUGACAGGGAUCAGACUUUUUAAUCGUGAAUGUGGCAAAGGAGGAGAGGGGAUCGAUGACUUACCUGCCAUAUUAAGUGAAGCUGUUCCAGCCACGACACAGAAUGUUCAAACAGAAAUUCAAAAUACAACCAAGCUGGCGUUUAAAUAUACUGCGCUAGUUGAAGACGUUGUCGCUAACAAGAAAUCACCGGAAGGAUUGAAUUUAAACUUUAUUAAAGAAGCUUUGAUUAACACACGGCAACAUGAAGCAUUUCUUUCCAUCUUAUUGAAUGAUGUCGUUGGCUGUGCACAACAAGUAGAGGCCCUUGAAUCUCAGUUUUCAGCCGGAAUGGAAGCUUUGAAAAACACAGUACAGUCCAAAACUGCUGUGCCUACGGCUCAAGUUUAUCCCCAGUUUAUCACACUGGCUCAUUUGUGGACUGGCUUUCAAGAUGAAAUGGUCCUUUUAAGUGUUCUUAGUAACAUCUUAGCGAGUUUGGAACCCUUCACUAAGAUACACAAGGAAGUGUUAACAGAAGAAGUCUUACAGCCAUUCACUGAUGGAUUGGAAAUCAGAACUGAUGAUCAGAGACUAGCAGAUAGUUCUUCAGACGAUUAUAGAAUUGAUCGCAAAGAAAUCGAGAAUCCCAAGAUUGAACUAUUGUUUCAUGAGACUACAAAGAACUUCGACAAGCUACCGAUACAGUACCGGGGUUUUUGUGGAUGGUCGCUUGUUGUGUACGAUCGUUUAUUGAUCCCAUCCAACCCAGGGAAUGGUGUUCUACGUUAUAAAGACAGUUACUACGCCUUCUGUGACAAACAAGCUGCUUACGAGUUUUCCAAUGCUCCCGAAAGUUACAUCAAUGGAGUCGCAGAAGCGGCUAAGAAGUCUCCCGAACUUAUUCAGCUUCUGGAGCUGCACACACAGUUUGCUUCCAUCACACCGUACGCUCAGGGUAAAGAACCUGGGCGUAUGAUUGAGGCGCCCGUUACAAAGUGUGACAGUGGAACACAAACAGACACUCACUUCAUGGAGACAAAUAUUGUCAAGUCUUACGAGUGGAAUGAAUGGGAGCUGAGGAGGAAAGCUCUUAAACUGGCAAAUCUCCGCACCAAGAUCACUCAUUCAGUGCAGACGAAUUUGAGUAACUUUAGGAGAGACAAUGACUCCCAGGUUUACCUCCCAAAGAAUGUAGAGACACAAACCAAGCGAGAAUCAUCAACAAAUGUUCCGAAACCGUCCACGUUCGUAGCUGGCUUGCGAGGCUGCAACUCGACCAAAACAACAAUGAAUAUUGUGGACCUCACUCUAGAUGUUGAUCAAACUUAAGACACGUCGUAUGCAUGUACACCACUAGUUGUUCGUGACAAACACUUUGUAAAUAAUAUUUUGCAUUAAUAAAUUCUUUGUUCAGUUUUGC